AUGAAGACGGAAUGCCGCGAAUUGUUUGCAAUGACCGUGAUUCUUGAUAUUGAGGGUACUGUUUGUCCCAUUACGUUUGUCAAGGACACGUUGUUUCCGUAUUUUCUUGAGCAAUUACACCCCAUAUUGUCGUCGCUUCAGUUUCCGUUGGACAAAGCCGACCCCGUCGCCAACAUAUGCCUGCAGUUUCCCUCGCAUGUGCAGCAAGAUGAAACGUCGCUCAUCACAUAUAUACGACAAUUGGUAGCAUCAGACACUAAGGACCCUGUCCUCAAAUCGCUUCAGGGAUUGGUGUGGAAAAAGGGAUAUGACAAUGGUGACCUUGUGGCACCCAUAUAUGACGAUGCCAUCGCGUUGAUAACUACAAGUUCAGAGCCAAUUUACAUAUAUUCCAGCGGCAGUGUUGCUGCACAGAAGCUCUUAUUUCUGCACGUCAAAGGUAAUCUCGAUUUGACCCCACAUUUAGCUGGAUAUUUCGAUAUCACCACCUCGGGCCACAAGCAGGAUAGUACAUCGUACAAAUCGAUUUUGCACGCCAUAGGCAACCCGGAACCGGCCACAGUGACUUUUUAUAGCGAUUCUCCCGCCGAGGUUCGUGCCGCCAUAGAAGCAGGCAUGAAAGCCACCAUAGUGGUUCGGCCAGGAAAUGGGCCAUUGACCGACCAGGACCGCCAAUUGGGUACCAUAACGUCGUUCCCAUGA